GAGGGCGCCCUUGUCAUUCAACGUGUGUGUGUUGUUUUGACCAAAGAUGGCAGAUAGAUUGUUCUGACUCGAUGUCAUGUGUCUGUUGUCUUUCCUGCAUUUUGUUUUGUGCUGUGAGGUUUAUUUAUUAGCACAACACAGAUCCUUCUUCAAAGUUGAUUUCUUUCAUCGAACGAGCGACUGUUGGAAAUCCCGACUGUGUCCCAGUAUAGACUUGCUGUGAUUAGAUUGUCGGGAGCCAUGGACGUUUCAAAAGCCUACUUCCGUUUUGUGGUGUUAUUCUUCAACUGCCUGCUGACAUUUGGGACGUACUUCUGUUUUGACAUGCCAAGUGUCUUACAGGCAGUCCUGCAGGGGAAUAUCACUUGUGUGAAUACGACCAACACCAAUGCUAGUGAUGAUUGUGUGGAGGGACUCGGCAUGAACCCUGAUCAAUACAAUCUACUCUAUGCCAUCUACGCAUGGACGAAUGCAGUGGUUGUAAUUGGUGCAGGGUAUCUGAUUGACAAAUUUGGCAAUCCGGUGGGACUGUUCCUGUUUUCUGGCCUGUGUUUGAUCGGGUCUUGCACAUUUGCCGGGGGAGCAAUGUUGAAAGGAACCAGUGCCAUGUUUCCCGUCAUGCUCGUUGGACGUUUGAUAUUUGGAUCAGGAAACGGAUCAUUGACAAUUGUACAGAACCGCAUCACAGCCUACUGGUUCAGAGACAAGGAGCUCGCUCUUGCCUUCGGAAUCACUUUAACCUUCUCAAGACUGGGAAGUGUUUUGAAUUUCUUCUUGACCAAAUCUGUUGAGGAGAAAAUAGGACUGACGUGGGUGUUGUGGGGUGGAGCUUUUCUCUGCUUGUUCGGAUUCUUUGCAGCCCUUUUAACGAGCUGUCUGGAUACGUAUGGAGUACGCAAACAAGGACAGGAAGCCAAUAUGAAGCAAAGCUCCAGGAAACUUCGCUUCAGUGACAUCCGCUACUUCACCUUAUCCUACUGGCUGGUAACUCUCACUAUAAUGUUUUUCUACAAUGGUGUCUUCCCAUUCGUGGCUGAUGCAAGUAAGUUUAUUCGAGACAAGUAUGGUUACUCUGAGGAUUCACCAAUACCAGGCUACUUAGCUGGAGCAGUUUAUGACGUCUCACUUGUCUUGUCUCCAUUUCUUGGUGCACUCAUUGAUAUCAUAGGUAUGCGAGGUCUGCUGGCGCUUACAUGUGCACUGGCUACUAUUCCAGUCUUUGGCCUGCUAGCAUUCACUACAGUCUUUCCCCUUGUCUCGACCCUCUGGCUGGGCGUUACUUAUUCCUUCGCUGCUGCAAGUUUAUGGCCGUCCAUCCCUCUAGUGGUUACCCAGGCAACGGUUGGCACGGCAAUGGGUUUUGCAACCUCCAUUCAGAUGAUAGGGAUUGGGGUUUGCAAUCAGGUGAUCGGUGCUAUUUUAGGAGAUUCCACAGAACUUCCCCAUGAAGAGACAUUGAAACGCUGGAAGUACGUUAUGAUAUUCCUGUUUGCCAAUACACUGGCAUGUGUAGUUACAGCUCUACUUCUUAACAUCACGGACAAGAGACAGGGCCGGGUUCUGAAUCAGAGCAGAAGAGAACGCAAACGACGCAUGGCGAUGAUAGAGAGCUCCAUAGCGGAGGAUGAAUCAACUACUAACCCUUUGGUCAAUGAAACGGAACCCUUACUGUUUCCAUCAAUCAACUCAUCACCGACCGAAGUAAGACACGAUGGGAUCGUUCACAGAACCUAAGGAAAUCAUGACGUCACUGCAGGGGAUUAAGCAAUGCAUCUCAAAGAAGAAAAUGUGUGUAAUGUUUUGAGUGUGGAUCUUUUUACACCACAUUUUGUUACAGAGUCAUUUACUGUCUUGGUAAUUUUACUGAAUUUUAAUGUAGCAUUAUCCAUAGACUCCUUUGCAAAUUUUGUGUAAUAAUUUGUCGAAAUGGGAAUCUUUUUAUACCACAUUUUGGUACAGAGUCUUUGAGGGUGUCAAUGAUUUUACUGACUUAAAGCACUCUUCAGAAACUACUGCGGUGUAUAUUGGUCCGAGGUAUUAUCUAGACCAGCACGCACCUCAUUGUGCGUGUAACGCUCAUGUAAAAUGUAUAUUUGCGAAGUUGUCUAUUGAAAAUGUUUACCUGGCCAAAUGCUAGAUAAACACCACUAGAUAUCAGCUUUGUCUAACUAAUCUGGAUAGAUCACUGCUUAUGGAGGCCACUACAAUGUCGUUCACCACAGGCAUGAUAUUCUUCUUACUUUAGUCUGAUUUCCUAUUUGUUUGCCCUUUCAUUUCAUUUCAUUUAUUAAUUGGGAGAAAUCAGAAAAAUUGUGAAUUAAGAUGACCUGAAAUGUCUAUUAAAGCCUACAAACAUUGUUGGUCAGUCCUUGUACUUGAUAACAUGUUCCUACUUUUUUUUCCAUCCAAGGACAACAUGUCAUGCCUGGCACAAGUGUACAUGACAUGUACAGUUUCUAAACGGUCUGAAGUUUUAAAUCCCGGGCAAAUGCUAACUUUGAAAUGAAUCCUUACCAGUGACAACACUGGGGGACAAGUGAGACUUUAAGUGUAUGAGAUUUUAAUCAUUCUGAAGUUAGUAUUUUAAGUUCUUCUCUAGAGUACCAUCAUGACAUCACAAUAUCAUAAUCUUUUUUCUCUUGAAUGGAAACAAUUAUUUGUUCACCUUAAAAACAAAAGUUGUAUGCCAUCUUCAUCAGAUGAAUUAUCAUGUUUAUAAGUGUGACAUUAUUUUACUUUAAUAAUUCAUGGCAACUUCACACAAGCUGGUGCCCAAUCCGCAUGCUUGAACUUCGUACUAACAAUAUUACAAUUUGCAUGUACCAUAAUUUUUAGCCUUGGUACGAUUGGCAGCCAGUGUUAUGUCUCCGGUCUUGGUCUGGACCAUCAGGGCCCAGUGCUUAAGCACAAAAUGUAGCUAAGCACAACAAAAAAUAUGCUUAUCAGUAUAAAGUUACCAGCCAAAACACAAU